CGAGGUAUAGCAGACUUGUCAAAAUUUAGUCCAAACUUGCACCGUGGACUUCUUUCGUGAAGUACUCUAUAAACAAAAGCCAAAAUAGUAGGUAGGGAGCUUAAGUACACUAGUUGGAAUUUUCGCUAAUUUUGUUAUAUUAUUUAUAAAUUGGCAUGGAAAAUGUUGAUUCUGAUCAAAUUAUUGAACACUGGCUUCAAAAUAAUGAUAUUUCGGGAAUGUCGCUGCCUGAUAUUGAAUACGAACCACAUCUUCUUAUAUCUAAAGUUCGAAAGCAUUAUAUGGAAGAAAUAAUAAAAUUAUUAUCAUUAAAUUACGAACAUAAUCAAAGAUUGGUGAAUAAAAAUAUAUAUCUACCUAGUGCAAUUUGGCGGUGCGCUAAAAUAUUAGAAAUGAGUGCCGCAAAAAAUUCUAUGUUGGUCCAAUUGUACAGGAAGAACAUUGUUACUGUAAUUAAAGACUUAAAACGUGAUACAAAUAAUGGUAAACUGUACAAGAAGUUAUCAGAGUGUCUUAAGAAACCUCCAGAGAAUGAAAAGAAAAUACAAACUACCUUAACAAUGUCUAAGGAUUGUACUUGCACUUGUACUUGUUACCAAAGAAAAAAAGUUUGCAAACUUCCUGAACCCAAUUCUAUGGUUUACAAUAAUACAUUAAUAUCAAUGGACCCAAACAAAAAGGACAUACAUAAUAUGUGGAAAGAUUCAGAAAUUCCAAAAGGACUAGAUACCAGUUAUCUGCAUAAUGGUGAAAUUGAUUUCAAGUCUGCAAAUGCACCAGUAUUACCUGAGUCUCAUGAUGCAGAAGAUGUAAUGCAGCAGUUAGAAAAGCUCUUUGAAGGUGGAUCAAAUGAGGAUGAUAUUUUUGAUGGAAUUCUCUGCAAUUCAGUAGAUAUCACAUUUAAUGAGGGUUCAAAGAUGUCACAUAAUUAUAUGCAAAAUGAAUCAAGUAAUACAGGCAGAGAUUCUCUGAUUGAAGAACAGGCAGCCCAAAUAAAAUCUCUAGAUGCAAGGUUGUCAACCUUAUCAGGUGUUUUGGAAAAUUCAAUACAUAAAAGUAAAACUGAGGCUGUGAAACAUAGAAAGCCACCUUCCAAUAAAUGGCUGUGUGAAGAAUAUUUUUUAAAAGUUAGACUUUUUGAAUUGCUUGAUCAACUGAGAGAUUGUAAUAGAGCAAAGCUUAAAAAGAUCAAAGUACUAUUAGCUGACCUAUUUGGGGAAGACAGUGAUGAUGAAGGUGUUGUCUCACCUCUUGAUGAGACACCAGAAUUUGUCACAAGUUGCAAGGAGCGUAUAGCUCCGUGGGUUGUUAAGUUGCUUACACCAUACUAUAUCAAAGGGAGAAUUAAAGGCAAGGCACUAUUCAAAGCUUUGGCAAAGCAUUUGAUAAGAUUAAUAUACCAAUGCAGUAGAUAUCCUGAGGAAUAUGAAGUACAUAAUUUUAUAAAAGACUUUUUGCACAACCAUAAAACAAUCAGAUGUGAAGCUGAUUUUAAACAAUUUCGAAUAGAAAACAUUUAAGGAUAUCACUUCAAUAUGAUAAUAAAAAAUAUUGUCAUAUCAAUCAAUGGAUAAUAUGGUUAAUAAAUUCUUUCUGUAUUUUGUCAACACAAAAGCAAUCAGCUUGAUGAAGUAUAUUUGAAUAAAUGUUCAGAUUUGAAUAAUAAGUUCCUAUUUACCACAUUGCUUUUGUGCAUCAUUUUGUUUAAACUUUAGAGUUUAACUGCUGCCUUAGAACAUGGUUAAGACUGCAUUUAACAAAUCCAUAUAGAGACAUAUUUUCAUAGUAGAAAGUUAAGAUAUUACAGUUAUAGAUACAUUGUACACACCCCAGAAUUAAGUGUGCGAAAGUGAAGAUAAAGUGCUGAUUAAAAAUACCAUGUUGUUGGUGCUGUCUUUGUAUCAUUUUGAUAUGUAAUUGGUAUAGAAAUCUGAUAAUAAAACAUGUUACUGGCAA